AUGCGCAAGCGCAGAGUCCGCGGAUUGUUUCUUCAGUCUGCCGGCGAACGAGAUCGAGUGCGGACGUCAUGGCCGGCUCCGCUUUUUGUAUAUUUGUGACCGCACUAUGUUUGGCGAAUCCUGUGAUAUCUCAGUAUAAGGUGCCUCCAGCGAAGUUAGAAGCUAUUUAUCCUAAAGGCUUAAGAGUAUCCAUACCAGACGACGGGUUUUCACUCUUCGCUUUCCAUGGCAAAUUGAACGAAGAAAUGGAAGGUCUAGAAGGAGGUCAAUGGUCGCGAGACAUCACCAAAGCCAAGGGCGGGAGGUGGACCUUCAGAGACAAGAACGCGGAGCUUAAGAUUGGAGACAAGAUAUACUUCUGGACGUAUGUCAUAAAGAAUGGGUUAGGAUACCGGCAAGAUGAUGGGGAAUGGGAAGUGACAGGGUUCGUAAACGAGGACGGUUCUCCAGUUGGAGACCUUGGACCCACGCAGGAGCCAGUGACGUCAGGUCCAACACCCACCCCCACCCCAUACCGACCGCCGUUCCGACCCCCCACUCCCACUCCCACACAACCACCUAUUGUCUGCCAACCAUCACCAACCUUCGUGAUGGGAAAAAACCAAGUCUGCAAAGGAUCUUUGAUCUUUAGUGAAGAUUUUGAUCGCACUGAACUAAAAGAUCUGACGAAUUGGCAAGCUGAAGUCAGGUUUCCUGAACAGCCGGAUUAUCCGUUCAACGUGUACGUGCCAGACGGCACAGUGAGCUUCGAAGAUGGUUGCCUGGUCAUCACGCCACUCCUCACUGAGACUCAACACCACCCCGGUUUCUUGACAGAGUCCUUGGAUCUUACUGUUAGAUGCACAGGUCAAGUCGACACGUCGGAGUGCAGAAGACAGGCAUCAGGUGCUCAGAUCCUGCCGCCAGUGAUGACUGGCAAGUUGACGACACGGCAUCGGUUCAGCUUCAAGUUUGGCAGAGUCGAAGUACGGGCCAAGCUCCCGGCUGGUAGCUGGCUCAUACCAGAAAUUAAUUUGGAACCUUCUGAAAAUGUGUACGGGUCCAACCGUUACGAAUCAGGAUUAAUGCGCGUCGCCUUCGCUAGAGGGAACCCUAGUCUCGCCAAAAAACUGUACGGAGGCCCUGUACUCUCUGACACGGAACCCUACAGGUCCCUUCAUCUUAAGGAGAAGAUAGGACUUGAAAACUGGAACAAGGAGUACCAUAACUACACCAUGAUAUGGAAGCCCGAUGGCAUCCAACUUUUCGUCGAUGGUGAACAGUACGGUAACAUCAACCCUGGAGAAGGAUUCUUCGCCAGUGCGCGAGAAAACGCCGUUCCUCAUGCCUCGAAUUGGCUCAGAGGAACUGUCAUGGCGCCUUUAGAUCAAACGUUCUACUUAUCUCUUGGUCUUCGAGUCGGAGGUGUCCACGAUUUUGCCGACGGGUUACCGGAUAAACCCUGGACAAACCGCGGCAGCAAGGCUGUACUGGAUUUCUGGAAGCGGAAAGACUCCUGGUUCCCAACCUGGUACAACAACAACUUAAGAGUAGACUAUGUCAGAGUGUUCGCCUUAUAGACAAAGUAAAGUGAGGGAUGAAUGAGAUUAUAGGAAUAAUGAAAUAAAUAAUAGUUUUAAAU